GCUGAUUGUGAUAAGUUCGAAAACAGGUGUGCUGAGGAGUUAUGUGACGCGGGUUCGGGCAAAAAUUCUUCUUUAAGGCUACUACUGUUAUCGAACUUUAUUCAUUAUUAUUUUUGCCAUAAAUAUAAGAGUUUAGCUUCGUGGGAAAAUGUUUUGUAGGUCAGUUUGCCGGACACUUUUUUUCUUAAAUCUCCCAUGGUCACCCCUUAAAAGGUGAAUGGAAUAGAAUGGAUGUUUAUUAUUAAGUCUACAAACUGAAGCUUCGCUUUUGGCUUUGUUAAAUCUGUAUAUUAUUAUAUGGAUUUUAUGUAUUCAGUGUAACAAUAGAACCUGUUUAUAGAUUGAAGUAUAGGAAAUAAACACUGUCGUCAUCGAUUAACUUUGACUGUUAUUCUUGUAAUCAGAGAAAAAAAAUCCAUAGAGCCUUGGUUAUUGGACAAGGCCUAUCACACUUUUGUGAGCAACUAAAAGAACUGCUUCAGAAAAGAAAUGUUGCGGUAAGUUAUAUUAAAGCGUGCGCCCUAGUGUUUAUUGGAAGACGAUGGCUCUUGGUCGACUUUCAUCAGUUAGGUUAAGAUCGUCUGAUAGUUUAGACGUCGAACUUAGGACGCGUCGAACCAAUCAACUGAAUCAGACCUACAAGAAAUUUUAGCCGGCCAGCGGGUGUUUCUCCCGAACGAGGCUAAAUUUUCCUUAUCGUCUGAAGCAGCCGAGACGGAUAGAACGUCUGAAGAUCGUCUCCGGGACAAACGUCGAUCUUCACAUGUGACGAACUAAACUAACAAAUUAAUCAUUUGUAUGAUGAUGUAUAUUUAUUUCGCACGUUAGGCGACCUUUCAUUCCGAUCUGUCAGCGGAAAAACAAGAUUCCUUCGAAACAUCAGCGGAGCAGUUGGUAAGCACAUCCCUGUAAUCCCUGUACUAUUGACAUCUAGUGAGGGGGCUAAAUAAAUGAGAAUACAAUUGAAUACAAUGACAAUACAGUUAUAUUGUAGAAAGGCAACGCAGUGAUUACUUCACGUAGCUCAUAUACAUGAGGGACUUUAAGAUCCAAAGACGCGAAGGCAACGAGAACGUCGCCUAAAAAGUGAAUUUGCGUUCUUUCAGUCUUAAUCGCAAUUAUUCCUACCCAAUACUUUGUCAAAUGUAGGCGGAUCCUCCUGGAGUUGAAUUCCAAUGGACCAUUUCCAAGUUCAGAAAGAGAAAUAAAAUUUGGUCGUUGCUUGUUGACAUAAUCCAUAAAACGCGAAAUUAGGCAAUUUCACGUCGUAGUCGGGCAAAAACGGCAAAGAAAUGUACCAAUAAGUGUGAUGCACGUGCAAAGUUGUUGUUUUGCUUAUAUAACCUAUUGUUUUAUUACGUUCUCGUUUCCGUCCGCGUCGUUGGAUCUUAAAGUACCUAUUGCUAUGCAAAACAUACUUGUGACAGUAUGUCAAUCGUCGCUCUGAUCUCAAGGCAAAACAAAGAAAGACAGGAAAAAAAUGAAAACAAGAAUUCAUAGGAACGUGGAAUUAGUGGCACUGGAAAGAUAAUAAUGAUUCUUGAAUUGUCUUGGAAGAUAUCCGAGGCUAGCCACGACAGUGUAUCUGUUGUUUUUGCUCUCGAUGAUAAAACGUCCUCCACGGUAAGGUACCUUAUGAUACGUUUCUCAUCUGUUUUUAGUGUUCAUAUUGCCAUUCAGUCUCAUCUGCCAUUUUUUUUUUAAAUAUAGUGACCCUGUUAACGGGAGAAUGUUUUUUAGCAUGGGCGCAUCUGUAGGCGGAAAACGCUACUGUCGGGUGGACGCUAAUACUAGGCGGAAAUCCCUCACUUCUACUGUAUGGGAACUUUGCUUUAAGACAGGAACACCAUGUAUUGGACACUACUGUAAGGUAGCCUUGUUAAGUGGACACCCAUCAAGGUCGAGCAGACAGCCCCUUAAUGUGGAUACACUGUAAGAUAUAUAGACACCACUCUAAUCCGAGGUACCCCUCCAGCAAAGGCUCUUCUGUGAGUCGACACCCUUGUAGGCUGGUUGCCUCCGUGAGCCAUUGUAAGGUGUACAGCACUGUUAGCGGACGGACAAAGAAACAACGACGGCGACGGCUAGGAAAACCUGACUUAAGAAGUGAAUUCGCGCUGCCUCAAACUUAAUCGCGCUCAUUCCAUCUCGUUUAAUUCGUCAAAUGUUAGCAAUUUUUUUUUUUGAAUUUAAUCCUAUAUAUCUAAAGGACUGCAUCAAAGUUCAGGAAAAGAACAGCAAAGUUGUUGUCUCCUGUUCCCGUCCUCGACAAAACGUGAAAUUACUACAGGCAGUUUCACGUUGUAGUCGUGCAACGAUGGCAGAGAAAUGUACAAAAAAGCGUGAUGCACGUGCAGAGUUGUUGUUUUGCCAAUUUAAACCUAUUACGUUAUUGCCGGUGUCGUUGCGGUUGGUGUCGUCAUUGCUUAAGCUCCAUAACCGUUCGAAAAUGUGUGAAGUUUUAUAAUUGGUUUCGGCUUGAUUUAAUCAUUUACCACUUGCACAACAUGUGUUGGGAGGAGCCAUGUGUUGAGAGGACAUAUUAUUGAGGGAAAAACGCAAAAUAAUUGUGAAGCAGAAAACGCAAAAUAAUUGUAAAGCAGACACAUCUACUCUUCUCUAUGAAAGGCCUAACCUUAGUGGCUGUCUUUUACUAACCAUGAACUAUGAUGCUUUUCUUUGCUUCAGGUUUGCGUACCAACAUUUGUGAUGCAGUUUACACAAGAAAUCUCACGAAAAUGCAAUCGUUGUCAUGCGAAAGAUCUUAGGUUGAUAAUUGUUAGAUUUUCAAACUGCAGAAAGAACUUCACUGAAUUCAAGGUUGGUUAAGGUGUCAUUAGAAUCCCGGGCCCUAUGUAGUGAUGGUCACCCUCGAUAUGUAAUCAGUUAAAAUUUGCUUACCUGGACGAGACGUGCAUUUAGUUUAACUGAUAACAAAAGUUGUCUGUUAUAAGUCGAGAAAACUAGGGUAUUAUUUAUUUAUAUAUAUAUUUAUUUAUUUAUUCUCACGCAUUUUCAAAUUACAGUUCCACCCAGAAAAGGCAAAAGCUAAUCAAGGCCGGCGGAGAUUCCUUAUUAUUUGUUAAUAUUACUUUACUCAAGCCAAUUCACAGAGUCGCCUACUUUACCAUUGUGUAGCUUAGUGCAGCAUCAAUAGUAUGCAUGCAUCCCAAACUAUAUGGAUCCUCGUUUAUGAUUUGCUCGCCGGUACGAAUCUCUGUCAAGCUACAAUUCAUAGGCAUUGCCUUGGGGUUCGGAAAAUGCCAUGUGGUAUCGGCUUUCCAAUCUUGUCUGUGUUUGUUUACUUAUAAACUCAUCUUUUUUCUAGUUAACUAAAGUUGAACAAGUUUUUCUCUUUGUUUUACGAAACAUUUAUUUUUUGGUCACUCGACAGCUUGCUAUAGAGGAAAUGAAGUCACGUGUUCAUGAACAGGGUGUUAUUUGUUUUGGUGUAUUUGUCAGCCUAGGCCUCAAUAAUCAAAAGGUACAGUACAUUAUUCAUUUUACCUCUUCGUAGCGAACUUCACAGGAAUAUUUAAAAAAAUUGCAUAGUCUAACAACUUUCUAUGUUGUCGUUUCUAACUGGUGUGAAAAUUUGUUGCAGAAUUACAGGCCCUAAGAGAGUGUUACUACAUUUAUUUAAACUAAAACCAACAAAACCUAACGGUGACUUGCCAAUCCCCAGUGCCCACUGCUACGUAGAGUUCAAAAGGGCUCUAUGUUAAUUCAAGGCUUAUUCUGGACGUUACUCUGCGAGCAGAUGUUUGUCUCUGGUGCAUGGCUUUUACGCCCCAGGACGUAAACAAGUCAACUACGCGAACGACUUUGUUUACAACAGUUAGCUUUCGUGUUUGGUGGGGUUGAAUCCCAUGUUAUAACCACUAAAGGAUAUCUUGUAUUUCAACAGGAAAAUCCUGACAAUUCAAAGCUGGCGGAAAAGGCAGCCGAAUUGACAAUCGGAACCUUGCUGGAUGUGCCCCCAAUAUUUAAUGGACAGACAUUCGACGCAAUAACGUGA